UCGACGUGAGGACGCCGGAAUCCCGAGGACAGGUUAUGUCACCGGUGACGUCUGCCGAACCCCCGGGAGGACCCGGGCGCACCGCGGACCAAGAUUAGGGAAGGCUGGCGACCUGCUCACGACCGAGUCGCGCGAGUACUCGAAAUAGAGCUGGAGAGCUCGGGGGUGGGAGGGAGGCGGAGAGAGAGAGAGAGACACCUAGGCGCAACUCGCGAGACCCUUCUAGCCGCGGAUCGAUCCCGCGCUUCUCCGGGCCGCCUCGGCACGCGAAUUCCCCGAGAUAUGGGCGCCCCGUGGAGCGCCGAGGUUGCGCGCGCACCGCGGGCCUGCGCAUGCGCGCUCGCUCCUAACCUGAGGAGCAGCGACCGGCCGCAACGGACUCACCGAGCGCGCACCUAGAGGUCGCUUUUACGCGGGGAAGCCGACUGGUUACGGGACCGCGACUUUGCUCCCAGCACCCAAAUCGUCCCGCGUCUUUAUACUUAGUUUGUAAGUAUACGGCGGAGUUUGGGACUCCGAGUGCGCGGCCACCAUUGAACGAGGUUUCUAACCUAAGAAUUGGGCCUAUAGUAUAGGUUCGACUGCUCGGCAAACCUACGGUCCGUUCGACCUUGACUACUGUACAUAAAGUACAAGUUGUACGAUUUGUAUGGUCGGUACAUUGCAUACAACGUUUGAGCAAUAGUGUAUGACGCUCCACUGUCCUGGUCGACUUUGACUACAUUGCUGCUAUCGCUUGCGCUUCAAACGGCAUGGAGGAGGAGUGGAUAAGGUCGGCGAGGGAGAGAAGCGCGAGAGGGGAGUAGGAGCGACUCGCGUCGGAGGAACGCCGAGAUCAUGGCCGGUACCCGAGGUUAGUCGUUCGACCAGGGUGAUCGGGAACCACCAGGAGAACGUGGCCUCGUCGGGGCGGCGGACACCAGCGAUAACCCGCGCCUUGGAUGGAGUGAUGAGCGGCGCCCCUGCCAGGGGCACAGCGCCCCGACGUCAGCGACGCCACCACCAUCGCCAGCACCACCGUAACCACCUGCACCAUCAACACCGUCGACACAGGCGGGACCAGCAGGUACAGAAGACCCCCCAGCGAGACUCCGAGACCCAAGAGGAGGCACAAGAGAGCCGGCCCAAGGUGAACCCCAUCUUCCUCUGGGCUUCGCAGAGGGAGCAGAGGAUCGUCGAGGUGCGCUGCGAGGACUACGACAAACGCAACCGCAUCAAGCUGACCAAGACCCCUCAGGGAUGGCGCUCGAUACCCAGGACGGCGUCGAACGUGUACGCGGCCACCGCUGGUCAAGGCAUCCUCAGGCAAAACCCCGGAGAAAAGGCCCCUGGCCAGGCCAGGUCGCUCUCCAGCGAGAAGGAGAACGGGGACGGUGGACUGACUCCGCCGACGACGACGCCGGCGUCGACUGCUGCACCGGCGCGCACGGUGCAACCCACGCAGACUGGAGACGGCUUCGGUGACGCGAACCCCAAGGCGCACGAUGGAUCCUGUUCUGGGAAGGGAAACAAGAGGAAAAGGAAGAGGAGAUACGCAUCCAGUUUGGAAGGGUACCUGGGGUCUGCGAAUGGAAGCGACGAAGGCGAUGAGGAGGAUGCGGACGAUGGGGAGAGGUCGUCGGGGCCGGACGAGUCCCAGAACUCUGCUGGCAGGAGAUACGCUAACGAGAAGAGGAAACGAAGAGAGAGGGAGUUUGAAGAACUCAGGAAGGACCAAUUGCUGCAGCCCAGAGUGGUCCUGGAACAGCUGCACUUGUCCCAGGUACCGCGGAGCGCGCAUCGAAAGCUGAUGAGACCUUCGGACGAAGAGGAAGAGGAUAAAGGCGACUCCUUCGGGUUCGAGAAGAGGUCUCGGGUGAACAAGGUCGAUCUUCGGGAUAUCCUGAACCUGUUGGAGGCUACUGCAUCGCCAGUCCUUGCCACGGACACUCCUAGUGCUGACUUGCCCAGUCCGAUGGACUCCACCACCACCUGCAAUGACUUCGAGACCGCUCAUUUGGUGCGCAGUGUGGACAAUACGAGGGUCUUGGAGAACACCGUCUCCAGGAGCGACGAGAAGGGGACGUCGAUGAAGGAAAAAUCCUCCAGAGAACAGGAGGCGGCGAAGAAUAAAUCCAUAGCGGAGAAUGGCGCCUCUCAGGAUGUCGCUUCCGAGGAAAAGGCGAAAACACCUCAGCGACCCCACAGGACUCAGGAGAGAAGUCCCAUGCCGACUUUGGUCCCUAUUUAUGCUAGUUCCUUAUCGCACGCUGGAGUCGUUCCCAAUUAUCGAGAUCCUCAUAGCAAGACAGGUGUUAAGAUGGGUACUUUUGGGUCGGGUCAUGAAGAAUUGGCGAGAAAGGGGCGAGACGAACCCGAGAAACUUCGACAACUCCCGUUGAAUCGGAGAGCUCCGAGAGUCUUGCCGGAAAGGAGAGGCUCUGGGGAGAAUAAGAUGGAGACGUCUAGUAAAACGAAUAUAAAUAGCAACCUGUUCAAAGGUGCUGAUGGACGUAGCCUGGUAGCUGAAAAUUAUCUAGUAAAAAGUAAAAAUUGCACCAUCCCAAGUAACUUAAUGUUGGACUUGGAGGAGGCACGGAAGGAACUUAGACGAAUUGGCAAGGAGAAGUCCAGCGACAGCAUUCUGAAGGCGUUGAGGAACACGCCGGGUUUGUCUAUCUCGAUUACCACUAAAAUACCCGCUCCGGAAAAUUCUAAAGGUCUGCUGAGUUCUUCUUGGACCGCGAAGCCGUCGUCUUCGACAGGGGCUUUGGUUGAAGAUUCGGAUAGUACACGCGAUGGGGCCAGGAACAAGGCGAGAGAUGGUACCGGUAAUGCCGUUCAGGAUCCGGAGAACCGAGGGAAGGAUCAAAACCAUUUGAAAAAUCUCCCAGGGCUUUCCAUUACCAUUCCAAGUUAUAGGUAUCGACCGGCAGCUCCCUCGACAUCACCAGUGACCAAUCGACGAGUGGAGUCUCCAGAAAGCACGGUCAAUUUCCCUAAACUGGACAACAACGAACAUCUGGAGGCAGAAGACUCCGAAGAGGCUGACGAAGACGAGGACGACGAGGAGGAAGAUGAUGACGAAGAGGACGACUGCGAUUCUCAAGUUCUAGAGGACCUUAGGAGGCAAAGCGACCCGUUCAAGAUGGCGACCGAGGAGAUACUCUCGAAAGGACGCUUCGACAAGGAUAAGGGACGCCUGCUUUCGGAGGAGGUUCCCCGCAGAAAUGGUGCGAGUCAGCAAAUCGGACAAGAAAGUCCGGUCUCGGCGCUAAAUGGUAAAACCAACGAAGCAGUGCCCAAGGCCGCUAGGUUCCAGGACCUCGAGCACUUCGAUGAGCAGGUGAUCGAGGACUUGAGAUCCCGGGGCACCGUGGUCUCGCCUCAGCCUAGCGGUAUUCCGUGUUCUCCAGCUUCUAGGAGACCGUCAUCGGUAUAUCUGGAAAGCCUCCUGCCGAGUCCUCCAUGCUCGGUUUCUUGUUCCGAGGACGCGAAGAACGACUUGACUCUGAAGGGAAUGUUGAGCUCUCCGAGUCCUUUCGACUCCAAGGCGAGAGACCACGAAGUGGCUCUAUCCAGGGUCGACCGGAUACCUAGCCCACCGAAUGCUCAUAACCGCGAGGCCGAUCCUCUUAAAUCUCAAGACUACAAAGAGUUUAACACCGAACGGAACGGAUAUAAAGCACCACCUGGAAGUCUUCUGGAAGGCAGCGAUCGCAGAUCUCUGGGCGGCUCCUACGAGUCCCGGAAUUUCAACAAGCCCUCCGAAGAGGACGUCCACAGUACCUUGUUCACCGUCGAUCAUACCCUUCCCAAGGCGGCUGCUAGCAAGCCCAGAAAUCGCGUCAACGGCACCGCCGAUAAGGUCCAGGACCCUGCUACCCAGCUAAGGGAGCUGGUCAAGUGCUCCGGUCAUUUGAUUCCCGACCCCCUUUUGGUCCCACGUGAUUAUUUGCCCAGAUUGGCCGCUGCUCCCGCCAUAGAGAUCCCUAAACUGCUGGCAUCUCGGCCAGAGCUGCGACUUCCAGAAGCGCUCACCAGACCGGAACUCCUACGGGACCCCGACCUGUUGGUCAUCUCUUUGGCGCACCUGCAACACGUGCUGGACCAUGGCGAGGGACCAGUCCCUAGAAAGGAUCAAAGCCCUUUCGAACAAAAGGGUGCCGCAAAGGGCGGGCCGAGGUCCGUUGCAAGGGGUGUCGCUCGUCCCCAGCAGAAACCAAAGCUGAGCUGCAAACCCAUAGGAACGCUAAUGCCCGCGCCAAUUGAUCUGUCGAAUAAUCGGCGAUCGGCACCCUAUCUUCCGCUACUCAGGGUUAGGAGUGGCCUGCUCAAGCAGGAACCGGAAGUCACCUCCACCGCUGGACCGCUGGACGACUCGCACCUCUGGCAUCCACUUUUCGGCAGCCAGAAGAAGCAGCAACGACAUCAGCAGUACCAGCAGGAGGAGCAACCCCGGCAGCAAAGACAGCAGCAACAGGUGCAACAGCCGCAACAGCAGCAACCGCAGCAGCAACAACGACAGCAACAACAGCUACAACAACGUCGAUCGCCUUGGCAUAAGGCCACGUUGGCAUCCUGACCAUUGUGAUCAUGACCUUAACCUCGGCGUCGAUAUCUUUACCCUUAAUUAUGGUCCUGACCAAUUUUAAAGACUUCGGAAAAUUGGAAGGCCAUCGCUGCAAAUUGCUCCCAGCAAUCGAGUGCAAUUGCCGGUGGCGGUGUCCAACGUUCGUUAAAGAGUGCAUCAUGUGUACAUUAUCGUGGCACACAAUUCUGGACAAACGUCGCUUUGUGCCGUUUGUCUUCAUUUCGUAGCCGAAAGACUGACGCCAAUGGGACGUUCGUGCAAUAGUCAAUCGAGCCUGGCUGUUUCGUUUAAAUGCCCGAGCAGAUGUUGAAACGAUUAAUUUAGUCUUCGGUACUGAUCCAAGCUCGGGACAUGGACCGUUGUAAAUCUUUAACGCGCCCAUUGUUGCGCGGCCAUGUUGAGCGAAAUAUCCGCCAUUCCGUUUCGUCGAGUUUGAGGGGAAUGCAAUUUCGUCGCGCAUUCGGUGCACGAGGUGGGAAUUAGUUAUUACGAAUGUUUCUUGGGACAUGGUGAGGAGUAAGAUUUGUUUGAGGCAUUUUUUCAUAUCACGCGUUACCGAAGCAGGAAAUCGGAAAAUUGAACGUGCAAUUUAGGCGGUUGCGCCUGACUGGAGAGUGUUAAGGAUAUUGGGAACGAAUAGGGUUGUUGUUUCUUUGUAUUUUAUCUUCCUUUUCUCCUUUUCGUCUAAGCAGAUCAUGUUGAUUCGACGAAUUUGUUCUUUUAUAUGGGUUUAAAGCUCACGAUUGUGGAUGCGAUAUCAAGGUUCUGAGAGUUUCCGUUUAAUGCGUCGAAUGUGUCGCCAUGUUCAGUGCAGAACGCACCUUCAGCGCGUUUCGCAAUCCUACGGAUAAAUGCAGUUUCCCUGCGAGUUCUACGCAUAAUAUAGGAGAUCGGCUCUUACGAAAGUUGUUUGAAAUGAUAUGCUGAUCAAGUUUCGUUUGAAGUAUUUUUCGAUAGCAUGCCUUCAGGAAGCUGUAAAUUGCAUUCUUGAAUGCCGUUGCUACCAUUUCGUUCGACACGCCGACCGGGCGAGGUACGGAAUCGAGAUAUGUUAAUGGAUGUUUUUUCGAAGUGAUAAGCGAGGAAUUCGCCGCAAUGGCUGGCGGAUCGGUUGUACGAUAGGUGCGAUAGGUGCUAUUGAGUAGUUUUGUACGAUUACGCAGAAACGUAGCGGACGCUCUAAGGUACGAAGUCUGUAGAUAAAUCUGUCUUAGCUAGGAAAAUGUUAUAUAAAUAUGCGUAUAAAUACAUAUUCUAAUUACUCUUACCACCACCGGACGUAUAAAUUAACUUGGUCUGUUACGUCACAUUCUCGGGCGCUUCAUCUGGCGGUUUAACGAAAAAAAAAAAAAAACAACCUUUUCUCCUUUUCAAAUAUUUAUUUGUCAAAUGAGAUUUCGCACAUUUAUCAACGUGCUCGAUUAAAGUGCGAUUUGAAAUCCUUGCCUUCUCUUGGCAUCGUCGUUUUUACAAAAAGCUCUACUUAAGAACGCCUCUGCUAAAGUGUUUAUGAACAGUCUUGGAAACAUCUUGAACCGCUGUUAUCACAGACCUGAGUCCGUUUUCGAAAUGGCUUAUCCAAAAUUAAUAACAUACUGCUGGUCGGGAAUUUUGAGCCAGCGGACGGAUCAAAGCAAACUCAGAUUCCCUUAGAACAUAAAUAAGACAUCAUAUAUCACAGGAUAACGUUCCGAGAGUAUGUACUCAGGCUGAUAAGAAGAGAGUCAGGUCGCAGUUUAACAAUACCGAUACGUAACAAUGUUUCAUACGUGUUCAUUACCGAGUGUGACCAUCGAUUACGUUCCGUCUUUAUUUUGUAAUUGGCCGGACGACGAGCACACAUCUUGUAACAUCGAUAAAGUGUCUAAACAAACAUAAAGAUAAAUUGUUUCAAAUUUGAGGACAGUAGACUCCGUACGUUUAAACUCGCGAGUGACGUAUAAAUUACACAAUAGUUACUCUUUGUAAGGAGACAAUUAACGGACUGUGUAAUAUCUUGCAUAUUAAAAUACUAAGCUAAUAAACGUACGACGUAUAUAUAUAUAUAUACAUAUAUGUACCGUAGAGUGUCAAUUUUCUCAUACUACAUGGCUCAUGCCGCGAAAUAACGCGUUAAUGGAGUUUACGGGCUUUCAAUUUGGAGCAAUUCAAUCGGCACGACUGUCAUCGAUCCCACGUGGAGUCCUAAAACAACCGUACGUUACGUAAAGCUUAAGACUAACUGUAUGUAUGUAUAAUUAUAUAUAAUACACGUAGCUUAUAUAUAUAAUUAUAUAUAAUACAAGUAUAUAUAUGUAUACACAUUUACACCUAUUUUAUCGAAUUGACGGAAACAGCGGUUGUUUCAUUACUGUCUCCUAUAUUUCCAUUCUAUUUCUAGAAUUAAACGUCACUUGGGGAAGAAGAAAAAGAGAAAAAGAGAGAAAAAAGGAAACUGGACAAGAAGUUGGUUCGCUCGACCGGUUGUACAUAUCCCUGCAUAGCAUCGCAAUGUGAUUCGGAACAGGCGAACGAUUCAUCUCGCAUAAUCGAGAGCUUGAGAACUUAAUGCUCGCGUCCGACCAAGCCGAUGUAUUUGCGCCCCUCAUGGCGUAAUAUGUUAAAUGUAUAUGUGAAUGUGUAAUGUAUAAACACAAAGAGAACUACAGUAGACCGCCCUAUAACGCGGUACUCGUGUAGGCGCUAUUCCUUAUAACGUGAGAAAAGCAUCUACAUAAUCCUCCUACUACGCGGUUUCUAAUAAUGGGGCAAAUGUACCAUAAUUCAUGAAAUAUGUGUUAUGAAAAUCCGCGUUAUUAAAUACGUUACGGAACGUCCCAAAAUGGCGUUGGCAAGUGUUCCCUUGAAUAAAUUAAUGAACGGUGAAAUUAGUCCGGAGUUUUAGUAAUGACUUGUUUAACUGGACUCUAAGUUGUUGCUUUAAGUGCAUACACAGAGCAACAAACGUCUUGUGAAAUUUUCAGCCAUGCUUGACCUCCUCCUACGUUUCAUUUCAUUCCUCAUGUCGGGAGUGUUUUUUGCGAUUUUUAAAUUUAAUAGAGAUUGUUGCUAUACGUUUGUCUGGGGCGCUGUAAAAUGAGAAUGAGUUGAGAUACGUACAUAGACGAAAAAGUGAGAACACGGAAAAUCGGAAUUUAAUGAGAACCGGGGAAAACGUUGCAUUAGUGAUAGGACUAAAGAUUUGGCAAUAUUAUUUUGGAUCACCCUGCAUAUAUUGUAUAGGAAACCGCGUUGCACGAGGAUCCACCGUGGCAAAUAACUUUUCGCAAUUGCGUCGUAAUUUUCGUCGCAAAGAUCAGACGGCACGUAUAAGUACAUACUGACCUGUAAUCGUUCACUUAUCAAUGGCUAGCCAACUCCGGUAGAGGAAACGCAAUCUUAUUUUAACCUGAUAGCGAAAGUGUAGAGGGAAAAACCGGCGAGUUGAGGUCGCACCUGACUGUUUAGCCCUUAGAUUCUACUAGCGACGUAAGAAGGAUUAAAAACCAUUAUUUUGUUGAUACAUAUAUACAUGCGUAUGUAUAGGAUAUUAUUAUGAGUCAUGACGUAACCUGUAAAUAAACUAACGAAUGCAGCGA